AUGAAGUCCUCAUCAAAGAUACCCGCCAGUGAUACAGCCAUCAGAAAACAGAAAAGGAAGUCCAUCGCGUGCCGGAGAUGCCACUCACACAAGAUAAAAUGCACUGGUGACCAGCCGUGUCUUAAAUGUCGGCAGGCUGGCUGCCCUGCCGAAUGCCACUACGUCAAUCGAGAUCGUCAAAUUAAAGUGCACGAGAGUUAUCUUGAGGAACUGGCUGCAGAAAACCAGCGCUUGCGUGCUCAAUUAUCACAAUCACCUAGUUUCCUAACGCCAAGAGAAUACCAAGCGCACGAUGAAAGUGUACCCGAACAAGACGCAGAUACACAUGUUCGAAAUCCAAUGCUCGGUGAGAGGGCAUGGUUUCUACCACAUGACCCUUCAUUACCACCAAUCCACGUCUGUGAGGCAGCGUGCACGGCAUUCGCCACCAGGCUCCGAAAAGUUCUUACCAAGAGCGAGACCACUUCUCACAUGCCUCGGACACAAUACACGCCAGAAGAUACAUUAAUGAAAAUACGCAAUCCCGCAAUGCCAUGGCCAAACCUGGCCCAAGCUCGGCUUUUGAUUCAGAUUGUGUCCAAUCAGGUGACGCGGGUGUAUCAUUUGAUUCUUCGCAAGUCGACGAUUGACCAGCUCGAGGAGGCCUAUCGUGAGGGUAACUUUGACGAUCCCGUGUUAACGUGUAAAUUUUUUGCUCUCUUCGCUCUCGGAGAAGUAUAUUCUGCCCGGUCAAGUCCGAGCCUUGAAUGCAACGUCCCUGGCGUGGCUUAUUAUGUGAAUGCGAUGACGACGAUACCCAUCUUACCGGAACGCCCAAGCUUGGCACAUAUUGAAUCCCUUUUACUUUUGUCACUGUAUUCGUUUUUCUUGAACCGACGCCAUUCAGCAUUUCUGUUGGUCGGCAGCGCUAUGCGUCUAGGCUUGACUGUGGGUCUGAAUCACAAUAUCCCAGAAAGCAAGUGCCCGGACCCUGUGCGGCGUCAGCAUCGGACCAGACUAUGGUGGGCAAUAUAUGUAUUCGACCGAAUGUACGGCUCGAAGGUCGGCUGGCCGAUUCAAAUUUCCGACGCGGACAUCUACGUUGACAUGCCAUCGAACGUACCUGGCGAUAUUCACAACGAUCAUACCUCCGACACUGAAUUCCUCAUCGCUAGUAUUGAGUUGGCCAAGAUCACCGGUCAGGUCAUUGACCGUGUGUACAGCCGAAAAGUGUUUCCAGAGUCCUUCUUGCAGCGGGAGCAAAAGCUGCUCAUCUCUCUCAAGGAGUGGAGCUGUGCUCUUCCCCCACAGCUUCGGCUCAGCCGCGAUGGUCCCGUUCCGAUGAAUGUUAUAUCGCUGCAUCUUCAAUUCAACCAGUGUAUAAUGCUAGCCAGUCGGCCGGUCCUUCUGCACGCGCUGAUCCAAGCUACGUCCCCAGAGGCCAUUACUGAGGAUAGCUCCCAGGCGAACAUACGCCAGACCUUAAAAGCACUUAGCGAUGCGUGUAUUCACGCUGCAAGACAUACCCACUUGCUGAUCGUGGAGGAAUGGACCAACGCAUCAGUCCCAAUUUUUGGAUAUUUCUAUGCUCACUAUCUCUUCUCUUCAGCAUUGAUAAUGGUAAUCUCCAGUCUGGUGUACCCUGAGAAUAGCAAUGAUUUUGCGUUGUUCGAGGCAGCUUUCGAAAUUCUACGGGCAAUGAGCAGCCACGGGAAUCUUGCUGCGACCGAAUUUUACGAUAAUUUAGAAUGCGUCAAGCAGUGCUUGAAUGAGAAGAGAGGAUCAGAAGGCGGCCAUUUCCAGAGUGAUCCGUCUCGAGCUGUAGAGAGCUCUACUGAGCCUCUUGCUGUCAUCGCCCCUAACCAGCUUGGGCUUUUCGGUAAUACUUCUGCUUCUGGGGUUCCUGACCCCACUGUACCGACAGACCCUGCGAACGACAUGGCCUUCCUAGGAGAGAGCAUGGAAGAGUUCCUAGCCCAGCCAGAAGCCGAUUUUGACUUGCUCGACCCCUCUCUUACCGAUGCUGUAUACUUGUGGCCAAACCUCUCGUUAUGGACGGCAUGA